AUGUCGACUUCAAAGACAGUAUUAAUAACCUUGAAGAGUGCUGAUGGAGAAGAUUUUGUGGUCCAAGAAGAUAUUGCUCUUCAAUCUGUAUUUGUUCAGAAUUAUAUCAGAGACAAAUGUGUUGUCGACAACACAAUACCAAUACCCCACAUAUCAAGCAAGGUUUUGGCUAAAGUUGUCGAAUACUGCAAGAAACAUGCUGAAAGUCCUCUGGGGGACGAUGGUGAAACCGAGGAAGAAGGAUUUAAGACCUGGGAUGCUGAAUUUGUUAACGUCGACUGGUAUACAUUUUUAGAAAUUAUCUUUGCAGCAAACUAUCUGGGUAUUAAAAAUUUAGCGGAUUUUGUUAAUCAGACAGCUGCGACAAUGAUCAUGACAAUGUACGACAAAGUUAAAAAGACAUUCCAGGUGAUCGUGGAUAUUUUCAAGAUGUUCGAUAAAGUUUAUAAUUUUUUUAGAGCAAGACCUUCUGGUAGUAUAUUAUGGGACAACGUAUUGUUUCUUUUCAAGUGUUUAGCAGGGUUUAUUGUUUUGUUAAUUUUCAUAGAGGCGUUUAAGGGUUUCUUGUAUAUCUCCUUCCUCUCUUUUCUUUUCUUUUAUUAUUUUGGGAGAAUGUUUUUUAAAAGGGAAAUCGCAAUAGUACAACAGGGCAUUAGGGAAGUGCCCCGAUCUGAUUCUUAA